AUGAAGGCAGGGUUGGUGUUGCUGCUGGCCUUCCUGGCCACCACGCGCCAGCGCUGGGGCCACGCUGUGGUCACCUGGGCCCGCGCAACUGAACCCGUCGUCGCCUCCGGCCUCGUCCACGCCGCUGCAGCCGCUGCUCCUGUCGUCACCGGCCAUCGCCUGGCCACCCAGAACGCGUUGGGCGGGCUCGUUGGGCUCAAGCCGGCUAUUGAGGUGAAGAAGAAGAAGAAGAAGGAGAAGACGCAACCGAAGGCCGGCAAGAAGCAACAGGGACCCAAGCCCAGGUCCAAGCCCCAGGCGAAGGGCCGGGGGUCUACCUCGCAAGCGUGCAAGCAGAACUGGGAGGCCCUACUCCAGGGCACGCAGCUCAAAGACGAGACUAUGCUCAAGGGCAAGUACUGGCACCUCCGAGGCAAGGCUCCGAACAACUGA